UAAUAAUGGAUGAUUAAUAGGAUGAUUAAUAACAUAACCUAAAAUGCAAGGACAUAGGGAUGCCACAAUUUGAAUUAUGAACCUCAAACUCUACCCCUUAAUAUUUUUCAUAUUCAAUUUUUGGUGCCGAACUCAACAACCCCCCGAUAUGAACCACUCCAUAAAAGCAAAAUAAAAGAUCUCAUAACCAACAACAUCCUCUAAUUUCAUCUCAUACUUUCUCCAAUUUCCCAACUCUUUCACAAAUUCAACCAAAUCAAUCAAUCAAUCAAUAAAAAAUGGUGCAACAAUUUGAAAAUGUAUCACCAAAUUCAAGCAGUAGCAUCAAAGUUCAAGCUAUGCAAUUCGCUUACCCUGGCCAACCUCCCAUUUUCGCCGAUUUUAGCCUCGAAAUUGCGCCUGGUUCUCGUUGUCUUCUUGUUGGUGCUAAUGGAUCUGGUAAGACUACUUUGCUGAAGAUUCUGGCUGGAAAGCACAUGGUUGGUGGAAGGGAUGUCGUGCAGGUUUUAAAUUCAUCAGCUUUCCAUGACACACAUCUUGUUUGUGGUGGUGACUUAGCAUAUUUGGGAGGAUCUUGGAGUAAGACCAUUGGCUGUGCUGGUGAUGUUCCUCUCCAAGGAGACAUUUCAGCUGAACAGAUGAUCUUUGGAGUUGAAGGCACUGAUCCUGAUAGAAGAGAGAAAUUAGUUGAGUUGCUUGAUAUUGAUUUACAAUGGAGAAUGCAUAAGGUGUCUGAUGGUCAGCGAAGACGAGUCCAAAUCUGCAUGGGUCUUCUUCACCCCUUCAAGGUUCUCUUGUUGGAUGAGGUUACCGUCGAUCUUGAUGUAGUUGCCAGGAUGGAUUUGCUUGAAUUCUUAAAGGAAGAGUGUGAUCAGAGGGGAGCUACAAUCGUUUAUGCAACCCAUAUCUUUGAUGGUUUGGAGACCUGGGCAACUCAUCUGGCCUAUAUCCAGGAGGGCGAGUUGAGGAGGGUAGAGAAGCUAUCAGAGCUUCAUGAAUUGAAGAGUUCAACCAAUCUUCUUUCGGUGGUUGAGUCAUGGCUGCGUUCCGAGACUAAGCUGGAGAAGAAGAAACCUGUUACCACUACUAAUACUCAUACCCAAAAAUCAUCUGGUUUUGAUGCUUCACCAUUUAGAUCGUCAAGACAUAUGGCCUACUAUCGAUGAUUCUAACAAGCAACCUGGGUACUGGAAUCAACUGGACCCCUGCCCUAUCAAUGUUCAAGCUUAUAUCAGUGCUAGUAUGCAACUAAUACAAACAGUGCCAUAUGUAGAAUGCUUUUUCAAGAGGGCAAUGAUGUGGCCUUUUAUUGGUGUGUCAAGCCUGCAUAUUACUGUAAUGUCAUACUGAAGCAAAGCAAAUUGGCAUUAGCCAAAUAAAUUGAAGAAAGAAAACAUAUGACGUGGUGGCGGUCAUGAGUUUGGAAGAUCAACCCAGUUGGUAGAUUUCUUGAAAAAAAAAUUGGUAUAGAAGCCGUCUUGUUAACUAAUCUUGUGCGGAGCUACCAGGAAUGCACAAUGCUUGUAUUUCCUUUUAGGAGUUGCUCGGUUAGUGCGUGUGUGUUGCACGAGGCAGGCUAGCUAGUGUAAUGUUUUAGAAUUCAUAAUCUGCGCUGGUUGUUAUAGUUGUAAUGAUAUUUAUCUUACUACGUAUUUGUAAUUUUUGUUGUAAUGGAAAAGAAAACAGAGUGAAAUUUGUUUGUACUAAAACUCGGAUAGAUUUGAGUUCUGCUACAUAAUCAAUUAUUCAGUAUGAUUGAUUAUUAACAUGAAUUUAUGGUUCAAUUGAA